AUGGAGGGCGAUGAAAACCAGAAACAAGAAGACCAAGAAGAAAGACACGGAGGACCACGAGAAGCAGUACAAGAACACGAAGAAGGACACAGACGACCACGAGAAGCAAGGACAGAAAGACGAAGAGGGGCACGGAGGACCACAAGAAAUCCAAGAGACAAGAAGAGGAAGAAGGACACGAAGGAUGCGAGAAGCAGGAAGAGAAAAGCAAGGACAAGGAACAUCACGAGGCCAACACAAAAACACCAAGGGAGAAGGGCAGCAGGAAAAACCGAAGGAAAGGGUGGAAUAUGGAGUGCUGUAAACAGGAUUAAGGACUGCAUCAAGAAAUGGAACAAGAAGGAUAAUGAAGACUACGAGGAACAGGCCAAGAAGAGCAGCACGGAGAAACGUGAGAGCCAGGCCAAGAAAGAGGAAAAGGUAAGAGUAUUGUGA